CUGCACCGGGGCGAACACCAAGCUGCCACACGAGGGUGCGCUGAGGGAACCGACAUGAAGCCUGUGAGCGUCUCCUCCAUCGUGUUACUGCAGCUGACUCUCUGCGCCGUGCUGCACGGUGCCAAAUGGACAUACAGUGGGCCAGAAGGAGAGCACCACUGGUCCAAGCAUUAUCCAUUUUGUGGUGGAGCUUUCCAGUCUCCAAUAGACAUCAAGUCCGAUUUGCUGAGGUUCGACCCCAGUUUGAGUCCGAUUGAGGUUCAUAACUACAACCUGUCGCCCAAUGAGCAGCUCACUCUGGGAAACAAUGGACAUUCUGUGCAGAUCUCCCUGCCCUCGAAGAUGCACAUCUCCAGCCUGCCGCAUCGUUACACCGCAGCUCAACUGCACUUCCACUGGGGCUCCUCCGGCCGACCUGCUGGAUCUGAACACAUGGUGAACAGUCGACAGUACGCAGCCGAGAUGCAUGUGGUCCACUUCAAUUCAGACAAGUACCCCAACAUGUCCAUGGCUGUGGACAAAUCCGACGGCCUGGCGGUGCUGGGUGUCCUGAUCGAGGUUGGUGAGUUCAAUCCUGCCUUUGACCAGUUCCUGAAGUUCAUCAAUGGGAUUAAAUACAGAGACCAGAGAGUGCAGGUGCCCGGCUUCAACGUCAGAGCACUUCUGCCUGCACGCUUGGACGAGUAUUAUCGCUACGAUGGGUCACUGACAACUCCUCCGUGUUAUCCUAGCGUGCUGUGGACACUGUUCAGAAACCACGUGACAAUAUCUCGCAAACAGUUUCUGGCCCUGGCAACGGCCCUUUACUCCUCCCAUGCCCAGGAGUCAGCCCCUGUGCCACUGAACGGCAACUACAGGAAACCACAGCACGCGGACAGCCGAGUCGUCCUGGUUUCCUUUAAGGAGGGCAGAGGACUGCAUGCUACUCUUACAGUCACGUCUCCGCUCACGAGGAAACGAGUCGUUCAGCAGCUGCUGGUCGGCGAUUUAGCGGACCUGGCUGACGAAGGGCUCUAUCAGCUCCUACCAAGUGGCUCGGAGAAGCUCCAUGCUGGCAAGAAGAAAGACCUCAAGAACCAGCAGGGUCAGAGUCUGGCCAAGUCCAAACAAUGGACGCAGAAUCCCUCCCCGCGGAAGAAGAGCCAAACCAAACAGUCUGUGGGAAAGUUGGGUCUGGCUGAAGACGCACUCUGCUACGUCUCACUGGAGCAGAGAGUUCUGCAUCAGCUCAAACUGUCCCACUCUGAGAACCAGCUGGUUCACACUCUCAGAGAUGAAGUCUUCCCUAAGCUCAACCUCAACAGCUACCUAGACUGUAGGUCAGAUUUAGCCCUCCCCACCAUCAGGCAUAUUCUCAAGGGACGGCCAACAGACGAGGCGUUUGAGUUGGACCGCUCUCUGACAAAAGCCUUGAUGUAUUCGAAGAAACCUUACACAGAAACCAAGGAAAGUGUGCCAAAGACAAACCAUGGCAGUCUCUCCCCUGCUACUGUUCCCAGGAAACCACACAGCCAGGGCUAUCCACAUCCUUGGCUUUUGCCUAUGGAGUGGGAAGACUAGAGAGAUUCCCGACAUAGUUGAGACUUGCAUUAUGUCACUUUCUGUAGCAGACAUCACUUUUGUGUCCUACAGCGGAUGACUAAUCUUCAAGCCACGCCCCGCAUUCCUUUGACCAAUGUUUCCCACAAAACUUAUUUAAUACUUAAAUUAUUCUUUCCAGUAAUUGCACAUAAUUAUAGAUUCUAUAUGAAAAAGAAUGUGGUAUGAGUUAAUUUGCUGAAUGUAACUGUGGACUGUGCUGUCUAAGCAGAUUCUACAACAUUAAGCCAAUAUCAAUAAGUCGAUUUUUGUCACGGAAAUUUGAAAAAGUGAGAAAUGGUUUCUCUUUCACGUCCACCUACACAUCUGUUAAACAUUACUUUACCAUACGAUGCUGUAUAAUACAUUUCUAGAAAUCCAAGCACAUACUGUGUAUGUAACACGUGCUGUGAUUUCUACAGGAACAGCACGUGUUGUCCUGGUAUCAUCGGAUAUCCAUAUGCACCACGCUAUAGAACAUGUAGUGCACAUAAUGUCAUGGCAUGGAACAUUUAUAAUGUUAUACUGUAUCCCAUGUCAGUUCUAUAUGAUGGUAAUUCUGGAGCUAACUAGUAAUUAUUUCCUUGCACAAUAUAAAGAUGCAGCAAAACCAAAAGAAUUUGCUAGAGCUUUAAGCGCUUCACAUAACAUUCCUGCCUUCUCUGACAAUUUGUGCGUCUGUUGUACAAUGUGUACGGCCGUUUACAAUCAGUAAACAUGCAGCUACUGUACAGUACAUGUGGAACUAUUUGCAAUAAAAGCAUCAUACUUGAA